AUGGCCCCCAAGACCGACGCUAACGCUUCCCCUCCUCUCCCAAGCUUCCCUCCUGUGAGGGCCUGCCUCUUCGACAUGGACGGCCUGCUCCUCAACACCGAGGAUCUAUACACGCUGUGCGUCAACAAGGUCCUGGAGAGCUACGGCCGACCACCCCUGCCGUGGUCCGUCAAGGCGCGACUGCAGGGUCGCCCCGGCCCCGAGGCCAACAAGAUCUUCAGCGAGUGGGCCAAGCUGCCCAUCUCCACGGAGGAGUACACGGCGCAGCUCUCCGUCUUCCAGAGGCAGUUCUUCGGCACUGCCGCGCCGCUGCCCGGCGUCCCGGAGCUCCUCAAGGACCUCGACGCCACCAAGGACGCCGGCGCGCCGUCCUCCGCGGGUGGCAAGCCGCACACCGUGCACAUUGCCCUCGCGACCAGCUCGCACCGCGGCAACUACGACCUCAAGACGACGCACCUGGGCGACCUCUUCGCCGUGUUUCCCGAGGCGCGCCGCGUCAAGGGCGACGACGAGCGGCUGCUGCCCGGCCGCGGCAAGCCACUGCCAGACAUCUUCCUCCUGGCGCUGAAAACGGUCAACGAGUCGCUACCCGCGAGUGAGCCGCCCAUCACGCCCGAGGAGUGCCUCGUCUUCGAGGACUCGGUGCCCGGCGUCGAGGCCGGCCGUCGCGCCGGCAUGCGCGUCAUCUGGUGCCCGCACCCGAUGCUCAAGAAGGAGUACGCGGGCCGCGAGGCGGAGGUGCUCGCCGGGCGCACCGGCGAGGCCGGUGCCAUCGACCUGCACCAGCUCGGUGAGGUGGACGACGGUUGGGCGGAGUACUUGGAGACGCUCGAGAACUUCCCGUACGAGCGCUACGGUAUCGUCAUCCCCAAGGCCUAG